GUAACGCCAUUAGUAUUACUAUUUUGUAACAUCCAUUCUCCAUUUUUUCCACACACAGAGAGAAAAAAAUGGUUUCUUUUUCGAGGCUGACUACUACUACUCUAACUCUUGUUUCCCUCUUAUGGCUGCUCACCAUUUCAUCUCCGGCUGAAGCUUCCUUCAGUUGCACCUCCGCUGGAACUUGUGACGCCAUUAUUGACUAUACCUUACCCAACGCCACUACCUUUAAUGCCGUCAAGAAACUCUUCAACGUAAAGAACCUCCGUUCCCUUCUCGGCGUCAACAAUCUCCCUGUCAAUACCCCUGCUGAUAACAAAUUACCCGCCAAUCAAACCAUCAAAAUCCCCUUUCCUUGUCUCUGUAGAAACGGUACCGGAAUAGCCAACAAACGCCCCAUUUACACCGUCGUCUCCGGCGACUUCCUAUCCCACAUAAUUACCGACAUCUUCGCUGGUUUAUUCACUGUUGAGGAACUUCAGACGGUUAACAAUAUAUCUAACCCCAAUUUGAUACAACCCGGGGAUAAAUUGUGGAUCCCACUUCCUUGCAGCUGCGACGACGUUGACGGUGAAAAGGUUGUUCAUUAUGGUCGAUUGGUGAGCAGUGGCAACAGCAUUGAGGCUAUUGCUCAGCAGUACAAUGUCUCUCAGGAAACCCUUUUGAGGUUGAAUGGUUUAGCAAGUCCUAAAGAACUUUUAGCUGGCGCUGUUCUUGACGUUCCCCUUAAAGCUUGCCAAUCAACGGUGAGCAAUGCCUCACUGGACUAUCCUUUGCUAGUGCCAAAUGACACAUAUGUCUUCACUGCUGCCAAUUGUGUAACGUGCAAGUGUGAUUCUGCGAGCAACUGGACGUUGCAAUGCCAACCAUCCCAGAUAAAGUCAUCUCUUUGGAAGACAUGCCCGUCAAUGCAGUGCCAAGGUUUAGAUAACUUGUACAUUGGGAAUGUGACCACGUCUUCAGAGUGUAAUUCCACAUCUUGUGCUUAUGCUGGUUACAGCAACCAGACCAUUUUUACCACAAGCACUCAGUUAACUUGCCCUGCCUCUGACAAUAGCGCUUUCGGAAUGAGGCCAGGGACAUGGAGAUGGAGAUGGAAUGUCAUCCUGGUUGCUGCUAUCUCUAUGUACUCCAUGGUUAUAGGAAAUCUGUAAAAGGGUGUAGGCUUUUUAGCUUUAUUUCAGUUCAUCCACGAACAUGAUCUCUUCUUUUCCCACUUUACACACCGCUACUUGUUUCUAAACUGUUCAAUUUGAUAAGUAUUUCUUUUGCUGAAUGCAAUGCCGGUUUGAUUGUCCAAAUUAAUGAUUCUACUUCAAACAAGAGUAGAUUUUCACAUUCUUAGUACACCUUUUGCAUGGUGGUCUUUCGAAAAGCUAUUAAAUUUGGUCAAUACUCAGGAAAUGAAGAAAAAACAAUAAAUUAAUUUCUCUCUAAAC